UUAGUUAUAGGUUAGUCUAUCUACAAAUCAGAAAUUGAAGUAAUAGAACAAAAGUUAUACAAAAUCGACCUAAUUACCGUAAACUAUUAGUAGACUCUGUGGCUGAACCAUAAUUUCAUUAGGAGGUUCAAAAAUAUGAAGAAGCUAAGGGAUUCAACAUCUUAUAUUAUAUAAAUCAAAAAUAUUUUUUUAACCUUGUAUCUACAAUGUUAUUUUUGGUGGAAGGGGUUCGGAUGACACUCCUUGCUCCUACCUAGCUCCGCCCUUGUGUAGACUGUGUCAUUGACAGGUCCGUGUAAAAGGCAGGUGAUGCAUGUCUCGCGUCUUCAAAUCCUGGUGUAGUUGAGCAGACUGAACUCCUGCACAGAAAAAGGAACAAGAAAAGCAAAACCAAAGAAAAUGAAUACAGAUUUUUACAGCAAUACAUUCAUAUACCAGAAUUUAACUACAGACUCCUCAAACUCGCACGGGUUUAUAAACUGCACAAUAAGAUUAAAUCAGUUCCGAUUUCUGUGUACUAGAUCCAACAUCCUUGUUCCAAAGAAGAAAAUUGAUAGAAUUCUGUGCUAUCUGUAGUUCUGCUAGCAAAAAAAUUAAAUGGAGUGGCCAGUAAUCAUCAUUACAUUGUUUGUGCUGUGGGUGGCUUCACUCUUUAAAAUUCUCCACGAAUCUCUCUCUGCCUCACAAGCUGCAGUUCUAAAUGAUGGUGGAGUAUUUCACAACAGAAAUGUCUUAUUGGUUAUUGCCCAUCCUGAUGAUGAGUCUAUGUUCUUUACUCCAACCCUUAAUUAUUUAUCUUCGAGAGGAUGUAAUUUGCACAUAUUAUGCAUGUCAUCAGGUAAUGCAGAUGGUAUGGGCAAUGUCAGAAAAGAAGAACUUUAUUUAGCUUCGAUUGUACUUAAGGUUCCACAAAAGCAAGUGAAAGUCCUUGACCAUCCAGCUCUACAGGAUGGUUUUGGCAAAUCAUGGAACUCUAAGUUAUUGUCAAAGAUUAUCAAGAAGGAAAUUGUUAAUUCUGCAAUUGAUUUGGUCAUAACUUUUGAUAAUUAUGGAGUCUCAGGUCACUGUAACCAUCAAGAUGUUCAUCAAGGUGUACGAAAACUGUUACAAGAUACUUCACAUAAAGAAGUUGACGCCUGGGAGCUUGUUAGCACUAGCAUAUUGCGCAAGUACAGUGGACCAGUUGACAUAUGGCUGUCCCUUCUAUCUGCUAAGUUCCAUUUAAGCGGAGUAAGGCAUUGUUUGCUAAAUGAACAUCCCAGAAGGAGCUUAGCUGCAAUGGCUCAGCACAAGAGCCAGUGGGUUUGGUUUCGCAAGCUAUUUGUUUCUUUCUCAAGUUACACAUAUGUUAACUGCCUUAAGAAGAUCAAUUAGAUACAUAUAAGGUUAUUGGUUCCUCAAGAAGCUUUAGAAAGUGAAGGCAGUGUUAGAAUUAUUGGUAAUUGCAGAAAUAGUUGGUUAAAAAAAAUAUUAUUUUUGUGUGAUUUACAUGAAUGACCUUGAACUUUUGAUCCCGUUUGCUCCAAGAAGUUUAAUAAAUUUUAUCUCAUAAAUGGAACUUCUGAUUGUUGUGA